UGAAAAUUAUGGCUUUUAAUUUGUAAGCAAAAAGUUGUCAGUAUUUUUCACUUGGUCCAGAAGUGAAACUAAAUACUUACUAAUAUGCAAAUUAAUAAUACCCAGGAACACAACAGUUAAUUUCCUAAAUAAAAAGUAUGAGCACCUCACUACACCAGUCUCUCACGUGAACCAAUGUAUUAUCCAAUCUCAUCUGCCCACACCUUGAGAUCCUGUCACAUUCAUUGUCAUGUUUCAAAAUCUCUGUAUUUUCUCAUUGAGGAACUUUGUUUGCCAACCCAGCCUCUGCAGUUAUAAACCAUAUGCCUUUCUUCUGUAAUAGUUAUUGAUUCUAUAUCUGGAGCUUAAAGGGUUCUAUCGUAUGCUUGUUUCAGAGCUGACAAUGAGUGACAUAUAUUUUUAUUGCAUUUUACCACCCAUGUACGAGUGUAGUUCCCUCAACAUACUAAAUGCUCCAGAACAGGAGGAAAUUCAAAGUGACAAACUAAAAGUACCAUUAAGGCUCAUGCACUUAAAUAUACAAUAUCUUAUAAAUAAGCUCAAUGUUUUGCAGACUUUUGUAAACGGUCAUUCACCUCAUGUAGUUGUGUUAACCGAGCAUGGACUGAAAUCUGAGGAAAUUAUUUACAUUAAACUAGAUGGCUAUUUCCUAGGAAAUAGCUACUGUAGACAGCAUCAUAAAGGUGGAGGUGUAGCAAUAUUUGUUAGAGAGCAGCUCAAAGUAAAUAAAUUAAACCAUCUAGAUCUGUAUAAUAGUGAAGGCUUGACUGAAGUGACAGGCAUUGAACUCCAUAUCAGAGGUUGCGGAAAGGGCACGGUGAAACAGAAAAUUAUUGGGAUUUAUCGUCCACCAAAAUCAGAGGUAGUGUGUUUCAUAGAUAUUUUUAGUAGAAUAGUGGGACACUGUGACCAAAAUGAGAUAACAAUACUUGGUGACUUGAAUAUAGAGGCAACAUCUUGCAAUAACCAUAACAGCAGGCUAAUAGAUACCCUUAACUCCUAUAAUCUUAUGAAUGCAGUAAAUUCAGAUACAAGAGUAACUCAGUCUACUUCUAGUAGAAUAGCCUACAUAAUACUAAGUAAAGAAGUAAAAUAUAGUAUUAGAUGCUGGAAUGUGGACGUCCACUUCUCAGACCACAAAUGUCAAUUUGUAGACUAUGAACACACAAGCUUCCAAGAAAUGACUCAGUUUGUAGAACAUAAAAGAAUGCUUAAAGAGAAAAACAAUAAUCCUUUUAAAAGUAAACUAACAUCUGAGGAAUGGCAACUAGUUCUUCAGCAAAAAGGGUCCAAAUACAAAUGGGCCAAAUUUUAUAAUAUUAUUUUACAAUAUCUUAAUUUUUGCUGCCCAGUGAAAGAAAUUAAGAAAGUAGUAACUCACAAGCAAAAUGUAAAAAACACCAGACUGACUCUUCCAGCUUACGUGAUUAAACUCGGGCAAAAUAUUGAGGAACUAAGUGUAUUACACAAGUCAACUAAAUUGCAAAUAUUUUAGGAUGUACAAUCAAUCUAAAAAACAAUUUCAGGAACAGCUCUCAAAUUUAAGAAAACAGAUCCUAGAUAAGGAAAUAGCUCAGUCAAGAAAUAUAGGGAAGACUUCAGGAAUAAAUAAAUAGAUAUUGCAAAGCUACCCAUAAGUUAGAUACUCAAGUUGACCGAAUCCAACAUGAAGGAAACCAUAUUAAUGAUCCAGAUAAAAUCUGCAAUAUAUUUAAUGAAUAUUUUAUAUCUUCAGCUGUGAAUCCAGUUAAUAACGCAGGUCUUACUCGGGUGGUAGAGCCUUACCCUAGGCUGGAAACUGCUUUUGCAUUUAAGGAAGUGAGUGUGGAGGAAACAGGAAAAAUAAUAAAUAACUUAAAGAAUAAGACCUCGUCUGGAUGGGAUGGACUGAGCAGUUUUAUAAUUAAAAAAUGCAGUAAGGAAUAAUUACCCAUAUGAUCUACAGUUGUAUCAGGGAGCACAUAUUUCCAAAUAUGUUGAAAAAAAGUACAGUUAAACCUCUGCAUAAAAAAGGAUUGAAGGAAGAGCUAUCAAACUUCAGGCCCAUAUCACUAUUACCAAUUUUCGGUACAAUAUUUGAAAUUGUUUUGUUGACACAACUUACUGAUUAUUUCACAAAGAAUAAUUUACUAGCAGAAACACAGCAUCGCUUCAGAAAGCAUCACAGUACCAUUACAGCAAUUACCAAAUUUCUCCACAAGGUGUAUGAUGCCCUGGAUGAAGGAAUGCAGAUAGCAGGGCUAUUCCUAGACCUUACUAAAGCAUUUGACUCAGUGAACCAUGAGCUACUAUUAAGCAAACUGAAAACUUAUAAUAUAAAUGCCAUAUCCAUUCAACUACUGAUCACUUAUCUAACCAAUCGUAAGCAGUGUACAAAGCUGAGUUAUGAAAUUAAUGAUCAGAUCAAACAUUUCCAAUCUAGCUAUGAAACAGUAAAACAAGGUGUACCUCAGGGCUCCGUAUUGGGCUCUUUCCUUUUCCUGGUCUAUAUUAAUGAUUUAGAGGUACCUCUGUACUCCCAAUUAGUAAGUUAUGCAGAUGAUACCUCACUUUUGUUCUUUUGCAAACAAACUAAUGACUUGAAAUUGGCAGCAACUGAUUGCUUAAGUCAAAUAACUGCUUACUUCCAUGAUCAAGGUCUAAAAGUCAAACAUUAGCAAAUCCCAGCUAUUACCAUUUAAACUUGGUAAUUCAUACCAAACCUCUAUUGAUAAUAUAAGUGGCAUCAAAAAAUUAGACACUGACAAAUGUAAAUUUUUGGAGAUAUACCUAGACGAAAAUCUUAGUUGGGUAGACCAUAUCAAUUUCGUAUGCAAUAAAAUCAGCAGUUCACUGCACUUAAUUAGCAAACUAUCAAAAUUAGUCUCUGAACAAACACUAAAAACUGCUUAUUAUGGGACAAUAUUUGCAUAUAUUAAUUAUGGAAUAGGGGUAUGGGGAUGUGGUGCUGAUAGACACAUGAACAGAAUCCUAACACUGCAGAAAAGAGCAAUCAGGACCAUGCAUUGACUAGGAUACAGAGAUUCAUGUAGGGAAACCUUUGUACAACAUAAAUAUCUAACAGUAUAUUCUCUGUAUCUGUACAAAUUAAUAACAUUCAUUGUGGACCAUAAAAAUAAUGAAACUAAGUGCUCUGAUGUGCAUACCCUUAACACAAGACAAAAAGAUUGUUUCUUAAGAAACUGAACUAAACUGAAGACAACAGAUCAUAGUCCUUGGAUCAAUGGCCAGAUAUGGUUUAACAAACUGCCAAGUGCUAUAAGAUGCCACAGAGCGUGCUGUAAAUUCAAAUACCUAUACUAUGUAACAACUGUAUGUUGCAUUAUGAAUUACUGUACCAUAUAUUGCCAAGUGCAUCACCCGUAAGUGGCACCUUGUACACGUGAAUUGCAAAUUCCUAC